GUACAUUAUCCCUGUCGGAACGCAACCUCAUAUUUCAAAAGGAGAUGUACGGCAACGACGAAAAAACCCCAUGGAAAUUGUUCUCCCCAGAUCUCCCAUGGCAGGUACCGGUGGACCCGUUAGGGAAGCCCAAUCUUAAUGUACAAGUACUUUACGUUUUCACAAAACUCAAAAACAUUGGAAAAACGGCGAGAUCAAACAAUAAGAUGAAGAACCGGGUUGCCGGGUGCGGAAUCUGGCACGGAAAUACCACCAAGGAGCCCGUCAGCGGAUGUGAUGGCGCGGUCAUUGGAUAUAAGUCAUCUUUCACAUUCAGGACGUCAUCAAAACAAGCUACAAUCGGGCAAUGGAAUAUGAUCGAGUACAGCUUGGAUUUAUCAGGUCAGGGGAUCAGUCUGGAUUUCGAGGAUUAUCCCGGUGGAUCGAAUUUUUUGAGCGCGACCAUCAGGGAACUGGGAGAUCCGACCAUGGGUGAAGAUAUAUGGAAUAUUAACAUAACCGAUGGUGUUGACGAAUUAUUGCACCAGCUGCUCGGUGAUUCCACCUCCGAGAAUCAAAAUUUUCAACAACAAUGGACGGCGACAACGGAUGUGGAGAAGGGCCAAACCAACUUAAUGGCCGGUGAUCACACUGUGGUGCAAGAGGAGGGUGAUCUCGAGGAUUUUGCAGCUUCUCUGGAGAUAGAUCUGGAUUCAUAG